CAGUAGCGGAAGCAGUAGCAGUAGCAGUGAUGGCGGCGGUGCUGAGGGAGAGUGAUGAGUUCUCAGCUCUGAGACACAGAAUUAAACUAAACACAGAGUUACUGUUACAGUCUCACACAGAGCAGGACGAGAAGAGUAAAGAGGAUUUGAAGCCGCUUCCUCGUUUUAAUCGACACUCCAUCUUCUGGAUUUUGACCUCUGUGGGUUUGACCUACUACGUGGAUUUCUUCAGCGUGAUUCUGGAGAACGAGGACGUUAAAAACUGGUGGUUUCAUGUCGGACUGGUACUGCUGGGAGUGUGUAUAGCCCUGGCGGGGUUCUGUAUCGUGUAUCUGGAGUGGUACCGAGGGAUCAAACAUUAUGAUCAGGAAUAUCCAGCCGUACCUCCUGUUACCACGGCUGCCUUCAUCGCUGCCUCCUUCAGCUUUAACAUCGCUCUGUGGCCGGUCUGGUCGUUCUUCACUCCUGUGAUUCUCUUCACUCAGUUUAUGGGCGUCGUGAUGCUCAUCUCAUUACUAGGAUAGAAGCUGCAGUGUGAAGUGCAACUUUUUAUAUUUCAUUAUUUUAUUUCAUGAUUUUUUUUACUACUAUUGUUCUGUCUCACACACACACACACACACACACACACACAAAACUUACAAUGAUUAUUAAAUUAUUCAGUAUAAGCAUAAAACCACGUGUUUGAGUUCUGAUUUGUGUAAUAAAACUUGAUUUAUUAAUAAA